AUGGAUGCCAAAUCGCAGCACAAACAGUUCCAAUGCUCAACCUGCCAUCGAGUAUAUUCCCGAAUUGACCAUUUGACGCGCCAUAUGAGGACACAUGUCCAUGAGAAGCCGUACAAAUGUGAUACAUGCAGUCGCGGGUUUACGAGACAGGAUUUGCUUCAGCGACAUUUGAGAGCCCAUCGCACCACCGAUGGUUCAGAAGACGCCCUGCAGGCUCAUCGGGGCCGAGCAAUGCGUGCCUGUGAAGCAUGCGCAGCGGCCAAGGUGAGGUGCGAUGACGUUAGACCCUGUGGUAGAUGCCGACGUCGACGGAUUCCCUGUGAGCAUUCUGAAGGACAAGCAUUUACGGAAAACCCCUCGAUGCAGCUGGGUAAUCCGUCCACGGGUGGCGUUCAGGUUCCAAAUCUCCAACCAGAUCUCAUUGAAGAUCCCGGUGUCGCCGAUCUGCCAAGGGGAAACAACACCAAUGACUUCUCGCUACCAAUCCGGCCUAACCUCCACAACAUACUCGAUUUCUCAUCGAACGCAUACUUGCCGACCUUUGACGAAGAUGGCCAAAGUGUACCAGAUCUUCUAGGGCAGACAGAGACACUGAUUGAGCACAGACAUAUUGCACAUCAAGACGACAAGAACAGUUACGAUCUACUGAGUCCCGACCAGCGCCAACGAGUGCUUUCUUUUCUAUGCAGCAUCUCUGGACCGGACCAGGCUAGUAGUAUCCGGCGCACAUUCCCACCCACUGAAGUUCUGAAUACCCUAAUCCAACGUUUUUUCUACAACCAGCAAACCUCCGAGUGCGCGUUCGUGCAUGGUCCGACAAUUUACUCCACGAUUCACAAUCCAAUUCUCCUAGCUUCAAUCAUUGCCGACGGAGCAACAACCACCAACGCAAAACCUCUACAGUCAUUAGGAUCGGCGAUGCAGGCAGUGAUUAGUUCAGAAACCCACCGGUUGAUUGGAGAGUUUCCGAGCCACAUUCAAGAGCUGCAGCUUCUUCAGUCACACCUGUGUAUGCUGGAGCUUGGUUUCUGGAGUGGGAGCAGACACAAAAAGGAGACCGCAGAGAGGAUGGCAAGAUCCUUAUACGACGUCAUCCGAAGCGCAGGAAUCUUCCGACGGUCAUAUGGAACGCCCCUUGCGGUUGAACACUGGGAUACUGGGAGCGUCUUGCAUACCAAAUGGCUUCAAUGGAUACAGCAAGAAUCACUUCGCCGGCUUGCUUAUCGUGCCUUUGUCUUUGACGCCCAAGCCUCAUUCUCAACCCUCGUCAAUCCCUCUAUUCGCUACUCUGAAAUGUGCACCCCGCUGCCCUGUUCGGCGGAUCUAUGGAGCGCAUUAACUGCAGAAGAGUGGAAACAACGGUACCUGACUAUAUCUAGCUACACACCUCUUCGCCCGCUCUCUGCGGCAGACCUACUACGAGAUCCUACCGCACUCCUUGAGUCAAGACGGGUCUAUGACAUGCGACUUUCUCUACUGGUGGUCCUCUUCUCUGCAUUAGCCAUGGUCUGGGAGACGCUUCAGCUGCUAGCCCAGACAAGUAUCAGACCUGAUUACUCGCAUCUGAGUCUAGCUGUCCGACAUCAAGAAAUCCGACAGCUCCUGUCUCAUGUAUCUGAUAUGAUCACCGUCUUAGAGCUGUCAUCGUGCCCGGUGCUAGUAAUCAUGCUCAAUCUGGUCAAGAUGCACCUUCACAUCCGGAUAGAGGAGGUGCAAGAAUUUGCCGCGGGCGAUUCCCCUGCAGAGACCUGCUGUGUGCUCCCCCUCCUCCGGCAAUGGGUCCUGAACCCAACGUCUCGACAGGCAUUAUGGAGCGCCGGUCAGAUUCUACGCGCUGCCCGGGACUUUCAGCCAGGAACAUUACGAGACUUCUAUGCUAUUGCGGUCUAUCAUACUGCGGUCUGCUUCUGGGCUUAUACGGUCAUUUCGAACAGCCUGCCUUCAGUGCUAGAAGGUCAUGGUCUUUCUUCAGAUAACGCCUUUGACCUGGUUUCAAGACGAAAGGACGUGCCGAUGUUUCUUGAUGGGCUUUUUAUCGAGACGACUCAGGCUUUUCUCGAUCACGACCAAUGUCAGCCAGGCAUUACGACGGCGACAGAGUCAGGCAUGUUUACUGCUGGGUUUGUUCCUAUCUCUAAUGCUCCGGCUACAAUGAAAGCUGUAUCCGACACUUUACGACGCAAUCACCUUUCCCAGACGCAAGAUGCAACUCUCCCGCUUAUGGUACAAAAUAUUAUUAGUCUUAUGUAUGUUCUGGGCAGCUCAAGUUCCGUAUAG